UGCUUUUUCACUGCAGGUUCAUGUGUUGUGACCAACCUUAUAUGGACUGAUCAGCCUGGUAAUGACUUAUUUCCCCCUAACACCCAGCAGUAGCGCAAUAUCCACGAGCUAGAUAUACCACUGCAGUCACCUUGGCGUUCUUCCUGGACUUACAGAACUGAUUUCUCAGCUACUUUUUGGUUUCUUUCUUUUUUUUUCUCUCAAGCAACUGUUACCGAUCGAGCCUCAUGCGUCGACUUCAGUUUAUUUCGCGCUGAAACGGCACUGAUCCUGUGUUUUUUUUAAAUCAUCUGUGUUUUGUGUUUUAUACAGAGGAUUGCCAAACUGGUGCAGCAACUUUACUGCAUCAAAUGCCCCAGAACAUGUCGUUGACCAACACAAAGACGGGCUUUUCAGUAAAGGACAUUUUGGACCUCCCUGAUACUAACGAUGAAGAAGGAUCUAUCACGGGGACUGAGGAAGAUACGGAAGGUUCUGAGGCGACUAAAACGCCUGGAGUGAAUGUUCAAAACCUGCCUUUAAAGAAUCCGUUUUACGAUAAUAGUGACAAUCCUUACACCAGAUGGCUCGCGACUACGGACAGCAUCCAAUACUCAUUACACGGCCUAUCCGCAAACUCUCAAGACUCGUCUGCAAAAUCCCCGGAACCUUCAGCGGACGAGUCGCCGGACAACGACAAGGAAACUUCGAGCAACGGCAGCGACUCCGGUAAGAAGCGCAAAAGGAGGGUGCUCUUUUCCAAGGCACAAACUUACGAACUCGAGCGCCGGUUUAGACAACAGAGGUAUCUGUCAGCCCCGGAGAGGGAGCAUCUCGCCAGUUUGAUCCGCCUGACUCCAACCCAAGUGAAAAUCUGGUUCCAGAACCAUCGAUACAAAAUGAAGAGAGCCCGGGCGGAGAAAGGUAUGGAAGUGACCCAUCUCCCUUCUCCUAGGCGGGUGGCCGUACCUGUGUUAGUCAGAGAUGGCAAGCCCUGUCAUACGCUAAAAGCUCAGGACUUGGCAGCCACUUUUCAUGCUGGAAUUCCGUUCUCCGCGUAUAGCGCCCAGUCUCUCCAGCACAUGCAAUUUAACGCGCAUUACAGCGCCGCCACCACGCCACAGUUCCCAACAGCACAUCACUUGGUGCAAACGCAACAGUGGACUUGGUGAACAAAUAUUGACUUGCAAAUGCAGGGCUGCGUUUUAAAGACUCUGGUAGGGAGCUUUCCAAACAAAAAAUACAAGACUUUUUAUUUUUGCAGCUUGACCCUUUCUCACCAAUUUAUUUUGGGGAUUGACGUGUGCGCCAUGUUUACAUGUUUUCGUUAAGAAAACCGGGUCAAGCCUCUCCCCAAAUUUAAGAUUAUUAAAGCUCUUGUGAAAUUUUGUAAAGUAUGUUUGUGUGUUGUAGAAAUGUUUUCCUUUUGUCCUUCGUGUUUUAAGCACGCGUGCAAACCACUUUAUGAUUAUAGAAAUUUGUAUUUCUUUCUUUUACAAUGGACCGAAUAUAUUUAUGGCCAUGAAUAAACAUUGGCAAUCUUUAGCUUAUUAAAA